GCAACACCGCACCAAACACAAACAAUAUGGGGGGAAGUAGACGUGUAAAUGUUAAAAAUAUGUUUCAUAUUGGAAUUUAUUUCAUUGUGUUUGUCUCUACUAAUUACAUUGAAGCUUCAGGAACGGAUGACAACAUAGACUUCUCUAAGUAUCAUCAUUAUGAUGACUUGUCAAAGUUCAUGCACGACAUGGAGAAGAAAUAUCCCGAAAUUUCUAAACUGCAUACCAUUGGCAAAAGUGUAAAAAACAGGGAUUUGUUAGCCCUUCAGAUCACAGACAACGUAGAAGGAGUUGAGCCUGGAGAGCCCAUGUUUAAAUAUGUUGGUAAUAUGCACGGCAAUGAGGCGGUUGGACGAGAAAUCCUUAUCUAUCUAAUUCAAUACCUAUUGGAAAAUUAUGAAAAAGAUGAUAGAGUGACUUCUCUAAUUAAAAACACCAACAUUUAUAUCAUGCCUACUAUGAAUCCUGAUGGUUUUGAAAAUGCUAGAGAAGGUGAAUGCGGUGGAGAAAAGGGACGAGGAAAUGCAAACUUGGUCGACCUAAACCGAAACUUCCCAGACCAGUAUUCGGGAGCCCCUAGACAUGAAAUUCAGCCUGAAACUCAAGCUAUAAUCAAUUGGAUUGAAGGACAAAAGUUUGUACUUUCAGCCAAUCUACAUGGUGGAAGUGUUGUUGCAAGUUACCCCUUUGAUGAUUCUGCUUCCCAUAAAUCUGGAGGAACAUACAGUGCUGCCCCUGAUGAUGCAGUGUUCAAGCAGCUUGCCCAUGUGUAUGCUAACAACCACAAGACUAUGAAGUCAGGUGACCACUGUGGAGAUAGGUUCCAAGAUGGUAUCACUAAUGGUGCACACUGGUAUGAUGUUCCAGGUGGAAUGGAGGAUUACAAUUACCUCCACAGUAACUGUAUGGAGAUUACCAUUGAGUUGUCGUGUUGUAAAUAUCCCAAGGCCACACAACUGAAAACUGAGUGGUUCAACAAUAAAGAAUCUCUCUUGGCCUACAUGGAAGAGGUACACAAAGGUGUGAAAGGCUUUGUUAAGGAUGGGGAGACAAACAAUGGAAUAAGGAAUGCUGUCAUUGUGGUGGAAGGAAUCCAACAUAACAUCACCACAUCCUUCUUUGGAGAUUACUGGCGACUUCUAGUGCCAGGGACCUACAAGAUGACAGCUCUUGCUGAGGGCUUUCAACCACAGACGCAAGAUGUGACAGUGACGUUAGGACCAGCUGUUGAUUUGAACUUUAACCUUGUCAAACAGGGAUCAAAAGGGGCCAGUAUAAAGCCCACUCCUGGAGGAAGUGUUAAAAAAUCCCAAUUGCCCAAUUCUAUCCCCCAGAAAACCCCUACUACCCCUGUGAUCUCCACAACCACAGGUUCCAGUACACCAGAGGAGCCAAACACUCUGGAGAGCCUGAUUGAGCAUAUCAACAAAAUCAAGGAUUAUUCCCACAGAGAAAAAGUCAAUUUCAUAGAACCAAAGGAAUUCCAUCACCACCAUUACGACGAGAUGGAGCGUUUUAUGAGGACUUUCAGUGAAAAGUAUCCGGACAUCACCAAACUGUACAGUAUAGGACUCAGUGUCCAGGGCAGACACCUGUGGGUGCUGGAAAUCACUGAUAACCCAGGAAAACAUGAACCGGGAGAACCGGAAUUUAAGUACAUAGGAAAUAUGCAUGGCAAUGAAGUUGUAGGGAGAGAAAUUUUGCUCAAUCUUAUUCAAUUGCUAUGUGAGAAUUACAACAAAAAUCACUUCUUGACUCUAAUGGUGAACUUCACAAGGAUUCACAUAAUGCCAUCGAUGAAUCCUGAUGGAUAUGAAAUAGCGCAUGAAGGUGAUGUGCAAGGUAUAGCAGGCAGGGCGAAUGCUCAUGGAAUUGACCUUAACCGGAAUUUCCCAGACCAGUUCCAGACAACUCAAAUCAAUUCCAAGCAGGAGCCAGAGACACAAGCUGUCAUGGACUGGCUACAGAAGUACCCAUUUGUCUUGUCUGCAAACCUUCAUGGAGGGUCCAUGCUGGCAAAUUAUCCGUAUGAUGACACCAAGAAUGGCAUUUCUGUGUACAGCAAAUGCCCAGAUGACAAAAUCUUUCAAGUGAUUUCAGAGGCCUAUUCAUUGGCUCAUUCCACUAUGCACCAAGGACAUCCCUGCAAAAAUAUAGAUAAUGAAUAUUUCAAAGAUGGGAUAACCAAUGGAGCUCAGUGGUACAGUGUUUCUGGAGGAAUGCAAGACUGGAAUUACCUGAACACCAACUGUUUUGAAAUAACCAUAGAACUUGGCUGUACAAAGUACCCUUUGGCAAAAGACCUUCCUAGUUAUUGGGCUGCUAAUAAAUUUGCUCUGCUGGAAUACAUUGGUCAGAUACAUAAAGGUGUGAGAGGCUUUGUGUACGACAAAGAUUCUGACAGUCCUCUGGUCAAUGCGGCCAUCUCGGUGGAGGGGAUAGAUCAUCCAAUCCACACGGCCAGUGACGGGGAUUACUGGAGACUCCUAGCGCCAGGGAACUACAAAAUCACGGCCUCUAAUGAAGGGUACACCUCCCAGACCAUUCAAGUCCAUGUGACUUCAGAUGAAGCAGUAGAGGUCAAUUUCACUCUGUCUCGAAACGAACUUGACCAAUGGUCACAAACGGAGGACUUCCAGUUACUAAAAAACUUGAAAAGAGAGUACAGAAGCAAUUCAGAUCUUCUGUCAGAAAUGAAAAGCAUAGCACAGAGUCAUUCUGAUGUUAUGGAGGUGCAGGAACUCCCUAGAAGCCUGAAAAGGUCCACCUCCCCCAAUCCUGACCUAGUUUAUUUGGUUCAUUUGUCCACUAAUUUGAGCAAGCAUGAAGAUGAAAAACCACAUGUGCUACUUAUUGGAGGAUUCUCUAAUAACAAGAGUCCUGUAGGAGCUCAUAUGUUAUCGAAUUUUAUUCGACAUCAAAUUAAAGGCCAUGAGGUGAAAGACCCAGUAACCAUGAAGAUAUUUGAGGAGGUCCAUCUUCAUAUCAUUCCCUAUCUGAACCUGCCAUCAAUUGAGGAAGCAACCACUAUUUACCAGAAUUACAGCUGUGAGGAGGUUCCAAAUGGACUGGCAUCUACUUCUCCUUAUGCCUUAGAUCUCCUUCACAAAUUAAAAGAAGAGCACAAGUUUGAUGUCAUUUUGACAGUUGAGAGUGGAGGACUUUUCAUGAUGAUGCCAUGGCAGAAGUUACACAAUGGUGUUGCAGCGACAGAAGAUGAAGAAGUCUUCCAGUCACUGGCUCAUGCUUUUGCUGAUAAUUAUCCCGAGAUCUAUCAGCCAGACGCUUGUAAAACGUCCCCUAAUCACGGCAUCUUCCAUGGAGCUGAGCUCCACAGUCAAACAUACAGCCUCAUGGAUGACAUGUACAUCAAUGGCCACUCAUAUAUGCUUGCUGCCUUUGUGAGCUGCUGUAGAUACCCUCAUCCUGAGCAGUUACCAGAGCUGUGGAUGAAAACUAUGCAGCCAAUCAAACAGCUGGUCCUCAGAAGUAAACAGGGUGUGGCUGGUCAGGUCCUGGACAGCAGUGGCAGUGUGAUCAGGAAUGCCUCCAUCACUAUUGAUAGCAACGCUGGAAUUUUCUCCUCUUCAGAGGAUGGCCAUUUUUACAUUCCACUCACUCAAGGACCACACACAAUCCAUAUAAAAGCUGAAGGUUUUGAGCCACAGUCUCACCAAGCUGUCAUUCAGAAAGACUCCACCUCUCAAAUCUCUGCCCACCUGAAUGCAGAACUAAAGGAGAUGGGGUACCACACAUUGGCAACUAUGGAGGAAUUCCUCCACAACGUCUCAAAGCAGUGUCAGGCGUUGGUCAAUCUUCACAGUCUUGGCAAGUCUUCUAACAAUAAAGAUAUAUGGAUGCUGGAUUUUGGAAACCAAAACGAAAAAAUACAUAGAUCAUCACUUAAUCACAUGUUGCUUGUGGCUGGUAUCCAUGGUAACGAAGCAGUGGGCCCUGAGCUUCUGCUUCAGAUAUCCAAUGAGUUAUGUGAAUCAUAUGGAAAAGACUCCAUUUUAACAAAGAUGCUGAAUGUGUCUGUAGUGCACAUUAUUCCAGUUGUCAACCCUGAAGGAGCUGCAGUUACUUCCCCAGCUAGCUGCAACAGCACCAUUGGAAAAUACAAUGCCAAAAAAGUGGAUCUGCUCUCUAACUUUCACACUGCAGAAGACAAAGUGGGUCAAGUCCAGCCUGAGACCCAGCUAUUAAUGGAUUGGAUGAUGAGGACCCAGCCUGUUCUAACACUGAUGCUUAGAAGUGGCUACCAAGGGGUCACGACCCCAUCCUAUGUUAACUUAACCAAACCAGAGAUGUCUGUGCUGGAUCAUGUAGGCAGGAAGUUUACUGGCAUUCUGGCAAAGCUAGAGAAACCUGGAAUAAACUGCAAGGAAAAUUCUGAUCUCUUCAACAACACGUUUCUGGAGUAUGCUUACAGCCACUGCCAUUCCAUUCCCCUGGAGAUUUCUACAGGUUGUUGUCAUCAUCCGUCCGAGGAUCAGAUGUUGGAUAUUUGGCAUAAACUCAGAGAACCUUUGCUAGACAUGAUUACAGAGGGCAACAAAGGAUUCAGUGGGAUCGUUGUUGAGAAAGAUACACACACAAAAAUGGUCAAUGCCACAUUAAGAAUUCAAGGAUUCAGCUGGACAUACUUUGUGAAUGAGGAGGCAAGGUUCCAUGUCUAUCUGCCACCAGGGAGUUAUCAAGUUGUUGUCACUUGUCAUGGCUACCAGAAUUACAAGAUGAAUAUAGUGGUGCCGAAUACUGAGGAGGGGAGGAUAGAGACAGUGAUUGAGUUACAGCAACCCAACACCGUGCUCGGCCUGUCUCAGUCCACCUUCAUUAUUGUAACAUCUAUGGUAGUCCUGGGCCUGAUCCUUCUGUGUACAAUAGCGAUUUGUAUCAAAGCUCGGGCCUCCAGGAAAAUGGCAGGCUUCUCCAGACUCAAUUUGGUGGAUGAGGAUGAUGAAUACGAUGAAUAUUAUGAUAACGGAUCCACCAAAAAAUUCCUCAACAGAGAGUAUCAUGAUGAGAGCACAGAUGAAGAAGAUGUGUUUGAGAAGAAACUUCUUAAAAGAUAGAUAAUUGUUUUAAAUUGUCAAAAAAGUUUGUUCAUCUAUGCAGCUAGAUUUGGAUCAUUUGAUAUUUAUCAAUGAAUUUUGUUGGUUACUCACCGUUUUAUGCUAUGGUUGACCGUCAUUUUUUGGAAAAAUGUAGCACUAUCUCUUAUGUUAUCUUAUUAGAAUUACAGUAUUUAUUCAUUUCGUAGGGUUUUUAAAGAAGUUUUUUUUUGUUGUUGCUGAUUGAUUAUAACAUGCAUAAAAGGCAAUCAUUUAGUAACUUGGUAAGUAUAAGGUACCCUUACAUUUUGCUGCCUGAUUAAGGGGGACAACAGGCUGUAUUUACCUUUCACUCCCUUGAUUAAAUCACCUGUGAUACGCAGAUACAUGGAAUAUAUUGUCAUCACUGUCAAAGGGAUCAAAGAGUUCACAAAUAUUUGUUUUCUGUUUUAAACCAUUGAUCGUAUAUUUCACAGGGUGAACAUUUCAUUUUAUUGCUGAUAAUCAUUUUCCUUCCUUGGCUUUAUCAUAUUUUGCUUUAUAUUGUUGAAGUUUUAUCUUUUUCAAAGGUUGACUUGUAGAUGUAUUUGUGGCAUAUUUUGCUGAAUAUAUAACUCAGUCAUUUCAUAAGCUUGGUUUUUCAUACAGAAAGAUAUUUAGAAGUUUUGGCACCUUUACUUAAUAUCUGGCCAAAAUUAAUUUUUGGUUUGCACCUAAUACCAUUGGGAGCAUGAAUUGGUGUUUUUUGUGUAAUAAAUGUAGCUGAAAUAUCCUCAUCGAUUAUGUCUGGUAUUACAGGUACAUGUAUAAUACUUGAGUUACAUACUAUCUCCUUCAAGUUAUAGGAGAGCAUCACUGUAAAAGUAUGAAUGUCACUCAAGCUAUCAGUAUUCAAGUAUAUGAUUGUACAUGUUAAUGCACAUUAAGAUAUGAUGCAUUUUUAAAACUUGCUGUUCCUCAAAACUUUAUAGCAUAGUAUAAUUCAAAGGUCAGCCUUUGUGGGGUGUUAGCUUAUUGCUACUUGUACUAAUUUUAUGUCUUAUCUGUACUGAAAUAUAAGUAUCUUGCGUGUUUUCAACAGCAUUUAGUUUUCGUUCAUUUUUUUUUUAAUUGUAUGUAGCAUUAUAAAUUUUGUUUAUGAAAUGGCAUGAAAGAUCUGACUUUUAUGAAACAUGAUAUGUUAUAUAAAUUUCCUUGGUUGAUUUAUAAAAUCAAUACAUCCUUGUUAGAUUUAAAAUUUUUGUGAAGCAUUAGUUUUCCUUUGUUCUUUAGAUGUUGUGGUUAAAUUAGAAGUGUUGGGAUUAUGAAUCUGAUGAUGAUGCAUGGUUUUACCAUGUUAUUUUUACAUGAAUUAUAAAGUGAAAUGUAAUUACUUACCUGUAAGUUAAUUGCAGUAUGUUGUUGAUAAAUACACCUAUGCAAAACUUCACUGUCUGUGAUACAAAUAAGCAACAUAGCAACAUUCCAGAUCAUUGUUAAAUUUACCAGUAUUUUGAAAAGUUUGCACUGCCAUCAGGGAAAACCUUGUUACUUUUCUUUAUCAAAUGAGAAGAUUGAUUGAUACAUUAUGCAAUAGAUACUGGUCUGUCAUAUUAUUGUUUACAUACAUAGUAUUUAUAUGUCUUAAGGAAUAUAGUUAAUGUAAAAUCAAACAUACCUGUAGAUACAUGUAUAUGUUGCUUUUAAGAGAUUACAAAACGUGUAUUGAUACAUCUGAUGCAAGUGGUGUGUUUUAACGUGAUCUGUUGCUCAAUUUGAACUAUUCUCUCAUUUACAUUAAUAUGGUUUUAGAAAACUUCAUUGUAAAAUGUUGAAGCUUUUAGAAAGCAAGACUUGAAUCAUUUUCAAAGUUUAUUCAUAUUUAUUAACAUGUACCUGUCCAUUAGAAUUUUGCACAUACAGCAAGUAUGCACACAGCAAGAUAAAAUAUGCUAUGAGUUCAUGUAUUAAUCUUAGAGAAAUCACCAGGCCUUCAUUUUUACUGGAGUAUAUAUAACCUAUUAACAAAUCAAAGUCAUGAUAGAAAGACAACUUUGAUUUUGAAUACUGGUAUCUAUAAAAGGGAAUGUGAACAAAUAUGUGUUUAAAAAUUAUUGCCGACAGAAAUGAGUGAAAUAAUAAAAAGAAAUGCAUGUGUUUUCAUUGAAUAUACAUAUAAUUAUUCUGGAAUCUGGGCAUAGCUAGGUGCUGCUUUUAUUUAUAUUUCAAGUUUAAUACAAAACUGCACGUACAAAAAUAUCUCUCCUGUUGCAAAAAUUAUUCUUGGUAGUAUUACAAAUUUAAAAGAUUCAUAGUCAGUGAUACUUGUGAAAAUAUUUCCUGGGAUUCCUUCAUAUUAAGAUUAAUACUUGUAUACUUACCAGGGUAAAAUUUGGUAAUGUAUUAACUUCAUCCUAACUACUAGUCCUCUGUAUUAUUUAAGGUAGUAUUAGUACUUGCCUCAUGGUUAACUUUCUACAAAUUGUACAUAUGUUUAACCCCUGUUUUGUUACUGGCAUUGAUAUGUAUUAUGAAUACUAUGUUUAUAAUAAAAAAAAUUAAGGUUGA